AUGAGUGCGGCACAACACUUGCACCAUCGAAGUUCCAGUCCUAAUGCAGCCAAUCAAAGCAAAUAUAAGGGAGUUCGCCGUCGAAAAUGGGGAAAAUGGGUUUCAGAAAUAAGAGUUCCUAACACUCAUGAGCGACUCUGGUUAGGUACUUAUUCUACGCCUGAAGCAGCAGCAGUGGCUUUUGAUUUGGCUUCUUAUUGUUUAAGAGGAGGAGAACAGUUUACUUCACUGAAUGGUCGUUUAAACUUUCCACAACUGUUGCCUUCACAUGUAAGAGAUAACAUGUCGCCCAAGUCUAUACAGAAAGCAGCUUCUAAUGCUGGUAUGGCGAUUGAUGCUCAUAUGAUACUAAACAUGACUCGUUCGUCUAGUAAUGAAUCCAUAAGAAACGAAGGUAGCAGUGAUAGUAGUGUAGAUGUUGGGUUGUCGGAGGUUGAAAUAAACUGGGAAAAUGUAUGUAGUUGUGGCAGCUGUGAAGGAACUCAGACUAAAUAUGAUAGAGAGAGUUUAAACAUUUCCGUCGAAGAUUAUUUGUAG